GUCGCGCCCCUCAGUUCCCACCUUCUAUCAUUAUCUUGGUCUGAUGAAGAAAUGUCAAAAACACAAAACAAAAACAAUUUUUUUGCGCAGAUUUCUUAAGCCACAAAAAUUCCGUCGGGACCCGGUUGCUGCUGGUGCCACUGCAAAUGACGAAGUCAUUUUCGUACGCCGGAUGUAAAAGAAGUCCCAACUCCAACACGGUGUCAUCCGACAGCAGCAGAACAAACAGCUGUUUAUUGUGGAAGGUCGUUUGUUUUUGUUUUUUCGUCACGUCCGUGGUCUGCAGCGCCGGCAAGAAACCCAAACUGGUGGCUUCCUCCACCGAAGAGUCGGCGGCCGGGACGUAAGUCGACGAAGUGAAGGCGAAUUGUGUCGUUCAGUGAGGAGGAAACGUCGGGAAGGCCAGCCCCUCAUCGGUCAAGAAAUCCCCGAGCGACAGCAUUCCAGGAGGAGGAAAAAAAUGUAUAGAAAGUCCAGAUCCAGACAGAGUCCAUGGAUCGUUCAAGUCGGCUAAAAAGAAGACUUUUACCGUUGUAAAGAAGGAAGUGAAGCGCGAACCGUCGGAAUCGCCGAAAAGGAGGUGAACAAUAAAAACAACAUGAUGAGUUUCUCCACGAGCGCAAAGAGAAGGCGGUUGCGGCGAGUCUGGCCGCCUCCAAGAACUACGGGACGGAGUACAAUACGGGAGAAAGUUCUGGCCAAACGGCGAAACGGUGACUUGCUUGGCGCGGACGUUACAGAUCAUCGAGUGGCUGCGGAUGAUCGAGAUUCUGGCCAAUUACUUCUGCUCGGUGAUUCUGAUUCUGAGUCCGGACGAUCUGCUGGUGAGUGUGUACUUAAGCUUGAACCGGCUUGCUUGGCGCCUGCGUACGCGGGCGUCGAGUUGGACAUGACGGGAGUACUCGUUGAUGAUGCGAUUAGGCAGAGCACGGGCCGAAGUUUGGCGCAAAUUUUGAUGGACGCACAGACGACGAGGGAUUUGGGCCUGGUGGCGGAGCAGAGCAAGAGUAGCUAUCGGAUGAUGUUCCGGCCGGCUCCGCACGCAGUCAACGACGUGUUUGGGAAGUUGAGGAAGAUUAACAAGAUGACGGGGACGGACGAUGGACAAGAUUCAGUCGAUGUUUGGGUGGGUAGGCACGGUUUAGUUUGGUGGAGCAGUCCCUGCUGUAAGCGUUGGUGCAAGCUUGUGCGAUGACGCCGCCGAACCAUGACGGUUUUAAUGAACCGGUGGCGAACGCAUUGAGCAAGUGUGAGAAAGCUUUCGAAGGCGAAGGUGGAGGACAUUGCGUUGGUGCUGAAGACGGAGUCCGUCAACCAGAUUGUACAGUUGCUGCUGGAGGACGGGGUGGUUCACCUGGUGGACAAGUGUUCGAUGAUGCCGGGAACACCUCUGAAGUUCAUGUUGGCGCAUCCGACCAAGGGCGUUCAGGAAGUGUUGGAGCGAUUCGGAGGACGGCAGCGUGAACAUUUGCAGUUGGAACUAGGGGAACAACACGAGCAUGUACCUGGAAGUUUGCCCGGUUUGACCGCACUCGGAAGGGUUCAAGAGUACAUUCCUGGACUACGAAAUAUUGUUGGUGUUGAGCAGAUCUCAUGUCUCGAAAAGGCUAUCAUUUGUAACACGAGUGUUAAAUUGGGGAUAGCCGGAUUAUCAUUCUGAUCUGGAGAUUACGUGUGAAAUAAACUUUGGUUUUUACGAAUGG